AGCAAUAAAGUGUGGGAAUUUUAAUAGAAAUAUUACGAAAAAUAUAUUUAGAAAUGGUUUUGUAUUAUAAGAAACAUGUUUUGUACAAUUUUAAAUAAAAUAUAUAAUAAAAACAAGUGCAGAGAAUGAUACCCAAAAGAAAUGUUUGCGAUUUUUAUAUACAUAGCUUCCUUACUGAUACCUUAUCGUACAGUUCAACAUUUUGUUUGGCCAUUACAUUGGUGCUUACUCGCAGAUAUUUGCAAUCACACAUGGAUACCCGAGUGUGGUACAGAAAAUGAAGAAGAUAAGUUCAAUAGAAGAUUAUUUAUUGACGAAUGCGAUAUGUUUGAAUACAAUUGUGAUUUUGAGAGCGAUUAUUAUGCUAUUAAUUAUUCUGACUGCUUUGGUAUUUCGGUCACGCUCUGCCCUCCGAUACCGCCAUGCCCGUCUUUCCCUACAUGUCCGGAUCACAGAUUUCACAGAAUGGGAAAAAAAUAUAAAUUCGCUCCAACGAGUAAACUUGUCAAGAAACCGAGAAGUACAACGCAAGUGUCGUUACCUAUUCACAUGUUGAGAGGAAGGCGGCGAUAUUCGCCAACAUGGAAAAAAAAGAAAAGACCAACGACUAAAAUAACUGUAAAGAUGUCUAAAACGAGUAUAAAUGAAAAGAAAACGAGCGCAAAGGUCAAAACUAUCAUAUUAAAAAAAAAAGUAGUGACAAAAACUAAAAGGAAACUUCAAAACAUUUUUAAAGGGGACAAAAAACGUAAACAGAAUAAAAAACAAGACGAAUCCGAUGAUUUUUUAGAAUAAUUUAAAGUAAUAUGUUUACGGAAUUAAAAAUGUAUGCGACCUAUAAAACAUUUAUGCAUUUUUUUUAUUGGUUUGAAAGUAUUAUAGUGUAAAGUAGGUCUAUAUAUAAAAUAUAUAGCA